AUGGCAGAAAAGGGCGGCGGCCGUGUGCAGCCAAUUCGCUGCACAAACUGUGCCCGGUGCAUGCCCAAGGAUAAGGUCAUUAAGAAGUUCAUCAUUCGGAAUAUUCUAGAAGCCGCUGCUGUCAGGGACAUAUCUGAAGCAAGCAUCUUCAAUGCUUAUGUGCUUCCCAAGCUCUAUGUCAAGUGGCAUUACUGCUUGAGCUGUGCCAUUCAUAGCAAGGUCAUCAGGAAUCGAUCUUGUGAAGCCCAGAAGGACUGAACACCCCCACCACGAUUCAGACCUGCUGGCGCAGCACCAUGACCUCCACCGGCCCAUGUAAAGAGGUGGUUUCAUAAGGGUGGAAGGAAAAAUGCCUUGGAAAAA